CAUUUUUUAUCAAAGAUUUUACUCGAGGUGUUAUACUUUAUAUUUUGAUCUGCUCCAUACUGAUAUAUCCAUGGGAUGUUUAUAGUAGCCUACUUGUAUGUUUUUAACGUUGUUAUAAAAUUGUUGCCAUAAUUAAUUAUUGAGAUGACAAAUACACAACAUCUGUGCAGCUAUAAUUGAAUCAGUCAAUCAACGGAAGGGGAUAGUAACAGAUCUACGAACAUGUCCCCUCCCCCUGUGUAUUUGAUCUUGUUGGUACCGAUCACACUGCUUUUAUUUGUUGGAGCUACGUGGUGGUGGCGUCCCUUGGACCAACAACCUGGGGAACCUCCUGCCAACCUACAAGUUGUGACAAGCGAAGAAGACUUGACAAAUAAGUUGAAUGAAGCCAACAGAGAUGGAAAGCUUGUUGUGAUAGAUUUCUUUGCAGUGUGGUGUGAACCUUGCCAAUUAAUAUCACCCCACUUUGAUAGAUAUGCCAAACUGUUUCCGAAUGUUAUCUUUCUGAGAGUAGACGUACCCAAUCACCAAAGUAUUGCGAAAAAGUACAAUGUUGAAGCAAUGCCAACUUUUAAGUUCAUAAAGAAUGGCGAUAUUAAGGAUACCAUGGUUGGAGGAAAAAAGUCGGAGUUGGGGAAAAAAUUGGCACUACACCAAUAAACAAUUUUGGCAACU